CGACGUCGUUCCUGCUCCAUUUUUCUUCUUCCCCAACCAGUUAGUGUCUCUCUCGCUCUCACACCGGUGAAUCUGAAAAAAGAGGCACCACACCGUCGCAACGAAUCUGAAAAAAGGGGCAGAGCUGCAAAGGUUGGAAGAAUUUUGGUGAUAGAGAAAUUGAGAAAAGAUAAGCUUGAAGUUGAGGCUAGAGCACGUGCAUUAUCAGAUAGGAUACUUGAGGCUACGUCAAAUCAGUUGGUAUUCGUUCCUUGCAACGUAGGUAAGCAUUGGAUUCUGACAAUCAUUGAUUUUGAGAAAGAUCGUGUGUUUUUGAUGGACCCAAUUUCUCAUCGGAAUCGCGAUACGACAUGGAAAUCCAUCGUUGACACUGCGAUGAACCUUGUUAAUGCACGCAAGGGAAAAAAAUUCAAGAAAUCGGCAAGUUGGGAUGUAGUUAAGGGACCUAUCCAGCCUGAUUCGAACCAAUGUGGAUUUUAUGUCAUGAAGUUCAUGAAAGAUGUCAUCGCACACUAUAGCCUUGAUGCCCCCACGUCUCUGUCAUCAAUGUUUAAGAAUGUGAAGACGUAUACUCUAGCUGAAAUCGAUGAAAUUCGUGAGGAAUGGGCAACGUGUGUGAUAAAGCACGCCUUUGAUUGAUCUUUAGGUGGAUAUUCAGUCCGUGUUUUGAAGAAGCAACGAUUUCAAUGAUUUUCUUGUAAAUUAGUCAAUAUGUCUACAUAUAUGGCAGCGUUUUGUUAUUUAUGUAGAACAUAUAUGACAAGACUUGUUUGGAUGGUUAUAUGUAGCACUUACAUCUUUGGAUGCUAUGUUAUCUAUGCUAAUAUUAUUUUGUUAA